AUGGGUUUCAACUUCAAGGGAUUGACCAGCAGUGCAUUGGUCUCUGGCAGCGCUGCUUCUGCCAAUGCUGACAACAAAGACAUUGCCGACGUGCCCGCUUCCUACCAAGGUCACACCAGCAUGGACGUUGCUCGCCCCGAUGAGAAGGUCGGCAGCCCGAGGGAGUCUGCGUUGAGCAGAGAGUCCGAUGAAGAGCUGAACAAGGUUGAUACCACUGCUGAGAUUGGUGUGCAACAAGUUCAGGCGGCUUCAAUGAUCUGGAAGAAGCGUGACUUGAUUCUAGCGUACAUUGCGAUGUGGUUCAUUCAGUUCUUCACUGCCUACGCAUCCAGCACUUCGAGCACCCUCUCUCCCUACGUCACCAGCGACUUCCAGCAACACUCUCUGACCGCUUUGACUACCGUCAUCUCCUCCAUUGUUGGUGGUAUCUGGAAGCUCCCGUAUGCCAAGAUCCUUAACAUCUGGGGCCGACCUUUCGGUCUCGCUCUGGGUGUAGCCAUCUACGUCGUCGGUCUCAUCCUGAUGGCGAGCUGUAACAACGUCAAGGCCUACUGUGCGGCACAGACCUUCUUCUACGUUGGUUCCAACAGCAUCGACUUCUUCAUCACCGUCUUCAUCGCCGAUACUUCCAAGUUGAAGAACCGAGCCCUGUUCAUCUCCUAUGCGUCCUCUCCGUGGCUCAUUACCACCUGGAUCUACGGAUACGGCAUCAAGGGCAUUACGGCUAAUGGCGGCAUCGGCUGGCGAUGGGCUUUUGGUAUCUUUGCCAUCAUCGCCCCCAUCGUCACCUCGCCUCUUAUCAUUCUGUUUGUUGUCUACGAAGGCAAGGCGCGCAAGCAGGGUCUCAUCGCACCACGCCCCAGCCGCGGUAACUUUAUCCAAACCCUUACCUACUACCUUCGCGAAUUCGAUGCCGUCGGUCUUCUGCUCUUGGCCGCUGGACUCUCGCUCUUCCUCCUAGCCUUCAACAUCUACUCAUACCAGGCCGAGCAGUGGAAGUCGCCUCUCAUCAUCUGCUUCAUCGUAUUCGGCGCACUCCUAGUUGUUGCAUUCGGUCUGUGGGAGAAGUGGGGUGCCCCGGUCACCUUCAUUCCAUGGCCACUACUAAAGAACCGAACCGUCAUCUUUACGUACACCAUGGCUGGUUCGUUGUACGUUGGCUGGUACUGCUGGGACUCAUACUUCUACUCUCUUCUCGUCGUCUUGUUCGAUCAGAGUGAGGUACACGCCACAUGGAUCGCCAACAUCUACACCAUGGGCAGCUGCUUCAUUUGCAUCAUCUACGGAAUCGUGCUACGUUACUACGGAAAGCUCAAGGUCUUUUCGUUCUUCUUCGGUGUACCUCUUACCAUGCUCGGCGUUGGUCUCAUGAUCAAGUUCCGUCAACCCGACCAGAAUAUUGGCUACAUUGUCAUGUGCAUGAUCUUCAUCGCUUUUGGCGGUGGUGUCCUGGUUACCUCCGAGCAAACCACUCUCAUGGCCGUAUCCAAGCAGCAAGACUUCCCUGCUCUCCUCGCCGUGGAAUCUAUGAUCAUUUCCAUCGGAAGCGCUAUCGGCUCUACCGUUGCAGGUGCCAUCUGGACCGGUGUCUUCCCAGCUCGCCUUGCAGCUAACCUGCCCGCGAGCGCCUUGCCAGACCUUGCCAGUAUCUACGGCAGCUUCAAGGUUCAGGACAGCUACCCUGUUGGAAGCCCGACUCGUGAUGCCAUCAACCUCAGCUACGGUCAGACACAAAAGUACAUGCUUAUCGCCGCUGUGUGCGUCUACUGCAUCACUCUUUUCAGCACUGCCUGCUGGCAGAAUGUCGAUGUCAGGACCAUGAAGCAGAGGACCAUUGGUCUUUUGUAG